UUAAGCUAUAUAUAAAAGGCCCCGGCCACCGCCAAAGCUACCACUUCCUCUCAUUUCCUGCCUUGAAACCCAUGGCCUUUCUCUUCCACCACCAUGCCAUGCUUUUCUCUCUUUUAUUGGCUUUUAAUCUUUCCCUAUGCUUCCUUCCUUCCAUAGCUCAGCUUCAGCGUCUCAAACACCCGGUGAAAGCCGAUGGGUCUCUAAGCUUUUUGGUCCUUGGAGAUUGGGGAAGAAGAGGACUCUACAACCAAUCUCAAGUCGCUCUUCAGAUGGGAGUUGUUGCCGCGAAAGUGGACAUAGACUUUGUCAUCUCCACCGGGGAUAACUUCUAUGAAGACGGUUUGACAGGUGUGCACGAUCCGGCAUUCAAUGACUCAUUUGUCAAUAUCUACACUGCCCCGAGCUUGCGGAAACAAUGGUACAACGUUUUGGGCAACCACGACUACAGGGGCGACGUGGAGGCACAAUUGAGUCCGAUCCUCAAAAAAAUGGAUAGUAGAUGGAUUUGCUUCAGAUCUUUUAUUGUUGACACAGAGUUUACGGAAUUUGUGUUUGUGGACACAACUCCAUUUGUGGAUGAGUAUUUUACAGACCCAAAGGACCACACUUACGACUGGAAAGGUGUGCUCCCGCGACACGAAUAUCUUUCCAAUCUCUUGAAGGAUGUGGAGACAGCAUUAAGGGAUUCCACAGCAAAAUGGAAGAUUGUGGUGGCUCAUCAUACAAUCAAAAGCGCUGGACAUCAUGGUGUCACCAAAGAGCUUGAAGAUCACCUUCUCCCAAUCCUUGAGGCACAUAAUGUGGACAUGUACAUAAAUGGGCACGACCACUGCUUGGAGCACAUUAGUAGCACCAACAGCCAAAUCCAAUUUCUAACGAGCGGAGGUGGCUCAAAGGCAUGGAGAGGCGAUAUUAAGAAGUGGAAUCGAGAGGAAUUGAAGUUUUAUUACGACGGACAGGGUUUUAUGACAAUGCAAAUGACUCAAACCAAUGCGGAUUUUGUGUUUUACGAUGUUUUUGGCAAUGUCUUGCACAAAUGGAGCAUAUCCAAAGACCUUGAUGCAGCCGAAUAGAGAGAACAUGUAUAUAUAUGCUAGAAUUCACAAAAUAGGCUUAUGCGAAAGAAAGAUCAAGCUUAAAUCCUCUGCCCAAAAGGAAAUUGUCAAGCCAAUAUAUUAUAUAUGCAUAUGAAUUUGGGGAAGUUUGUAACAAAGAACAAGGAAAAGACGAGAGUGACAGGCUUGUAAUUAAUGCCUAGGGUUUUCACCCUUAAAAAGUGUUUUCCAUACCACUAUUGGCUACACAUAUUUGUAACUCAAAAUAAAUAUUAUAAGCUUUUCACUA